UGUUACAACCUCAGCUACGUAGUCUAUGAAUUUUAUUAAAUGGCUGACAACCAAAGCUGGUGAUAGCUUGCCGCAAAAAAAUACAAUUUUGUUUUGCGAAUUAUCGCAAUUUACUUAUUGAUUUAUUAUUUUUAAUUGUUUUUCAUUUAUCAAACGAUUGGUUUAAUUACACCGGCUCUGCUGUGGUUGAGACGAUGUUAGGCUCUGGGGAUAGUAGCUACAUCAUAAAGCUACGCGGCUUGCCUUUCAAAACCACCGUGGAAGAUGUCCUCGAUUUCCUCGGCCCCGUCAACGUAGUCAACGGCAAAGAAGGUGUACAUUUAACAGAAGUACGUCCGGGAAGACCUUCUGGCGAGUGCUUUGUAGAAGUAGAGAGCCCUCAAGAUGUUGAAGAGGCUCUCAAGAAGGAUAAAGAUAUCAUGGGGAAGAGAUACAUUGAGAUCUUCUCCACCGAUCGCCAAGACAUGGAUUGGGCCCUGAACGCGAUGCGUCAGACAGAAAACGGUUUCGACGGCAUACCCAACGUGUCUGACGACAUGGGUAUCGUCAAACUUCGGGGCCUGCCUUUCGGCUGCUCCAAGGACGAAAUUAUUCAGUUUUUUGACGGGCUGACGGUCGCCACGGACGGGGUCCACUUGCUCUCGGACAUCACGGGGCGGGCCUCGGGAGAGGCCUUCGUACACUUCGUUGACAAGGAGAGCGCACAAGAGGCUCUCAACAGGGACAGGGAGAAAAUAGGACACAGAUACAUAGAGGUGUUCGUGAGCUCAGCGGACGAGGUCCGCGCGUACAGCGCGCGCGUGGAGGGCGGCUUCCGCUCGGCGCGCGGCUACCGGCCCACGCCCUACGACCGCAGCGACCGCUUCGCCGGCAGGUUCGCGGGCAGGGGCCGCGCCGCCUUCGGGAGGGGCGGCGGCUACAGCAGCAGCCGCGGCGGCGGGUUCCGCUCCCGCGGCGGCGGCUGCCACUGCGUGCACAUGCGCGGCCUGCCCUUCAAGGCCAACCCACAAGAUAUCGCAUACUUCUUCAAGCCAAUCCGUCCCAUGAACAUAAACAUAUUAUACGACAACAGUGGCAGGCCGUCAGGUGAAGCUGACGUUGAAUUCGAGUGCCACGAGGAUGCUAUGAGAGCAAUGCGACGCGAUAAGAACAAUAUGGAUCACCGUUACAUCGAGUUGUUCCUGAACUCGUCACCAGGCGGCGGCGGCGGUGGCGGUGGUGGUGGUGGUGGUGGUGGUGGUGGCGGUGGCGGUGGCGGUGGUGGUGGCGGCGGCGGCGGUGGCUUCAGCAAGCCCAACAGGAGCUUCCGGAACUACUGAGCCCGCACGGGGUAGCUGCGGGGCCACACUGUACAUAUGCACCAACAAAUGUAUGCUGGACAAACAUUUUAAGUAGAUGCCUGACGAUACAAUAGAUAAAGUGGCGGUAACGUGACAACGGACUGUAGUGUCUGCGCGUAUUCUAGUCAUCUCCUGAGGUAUAUGAUCAGCAAGAUGUGGAAGGGAGACAAAGUACAGUAGACGACGUUGUGAGUGUUGUCAAUCCUACCACGUCUCACCGCUCACGUACCUUAGGAGGUGACCAACUCACGCGCGUAGAGUGUAGCCAAUCCUUCUUGUUCUCAACAUCAGGUCUUUUACCGAGGUUAGCAUGAAUUUUAACAUGAAGGGCCUAUUGCGGCUCUAUUCGCUUUGAAAGUUGAAGCAAGUUGGCCGUCCAUUUAAAAUGCUUGUGAGUAUACAUACUGAUACUCUUCCAAAAUAGAUGUAUUAAAAAUUAUGCGAACUUCCGGAUAACUCUUAUUUAAAUUAAAGCGACAAAGUAUCUGUAUCUGUUUGUUGCAAAGGAUCUGGUAUGUUUUAAAUGAUGUUUUUUUUUUGUGUCAGUAAAAUGUAUAUUUGCAUGGUUAAACUAAAAACGAUAGUCGACUGAUUUAGAAGGAAAACACGUGCUUAUGUAUGCAGGGCAUCCAACCAUAUCACCGUUGUCUCGGCAAUGCUUAAACUAUUUAUGUAAAAGUUAUCUACCUCCUUUGAAUAUUGGCGCCUACAUUUCGUCAUGUAUGUAUUUUACGGCCGCAUAUUGUCAGCUACCCACUUCUAUUGUUUUUUUAUUCGUCAUUCAUCACCUUUAUAGCUAAGUACAUUUUGGAUACUAAACAUGUAAUUCAAUUACUCAUUACUAAUGUAUGGGAUAGAGAGUUUGCCUUAUUUUGUAAAAAGUGUAAAUUUUAAGUAUUUUUCAUAGAGCUAUAUGUAGGUACUCUUAAUUUUUUUUAUGUCAUUGUUCAGAAAUGGCUUGUCUUUUUUAUAUAUUGACGUGUAAACGAAAUGGUAGUAAGAAUGAAGUGACCCGCUGAAAUUUAUAUUGUUAUUUUAACUAUGAUGUAAACUUAAUGUUAGGCUUGUUCUGGAUGGGAGUCUACUGAUAUUAUUUAUGGUUUUAUUAUUUUCAAAGCUAUCGAGAGACUAAUCUUACUUCUCAUUUCUAAUCGAUUUUUGCUAUAGUUCGUUAACUUUUCUGUUGUGAGCUUUUCCGUAAAAUGUAUUACCUCUUUAAGUCAAUAUAUUAUAAUAUUUACAAUGGCGUCUCUAUCAUACUUUCGCUUUUUACUUAUUCAUCAGGCUUUUGAUAGACCAUAAAAAAUUGUUCGAUAGCUACGCCAUGUAAUUUUCUAUCACACAUACAUGCAUGCAAAACGACUGAUUAUUUGUUAAGCUGAAUUCAUACAUCAAAUAAUUCUAACGCUGUAAUUUGUACUUAAUAUUUUAUAAUGAACGUACCUCAGACAACGAAGUAUUUGUAUUAGGAGGAGCUCACAAUAGACUUAAGGCCGGGUUCAGAGUGGCGUUUUAAAUGCGCGCAUAAUCUCUCUCUCCUAGCUUGUAGGCGUCUAUUGUGCCAAAAGUGUCACCUAGUAGCAGAAAUAUAUGAAACUUCGUAAUAUGUGGACGCAGGUUGAGGAUUAUGAACCGCGAAAUGUAUAUACGUGCGCAAAGAAACGCCAAUUUGAAACCACCCUAAGGCUGGGUACCAGUGCAAAUGAUUCCUAUCGAUCCUUUAUUUCAGAAUGUAAGUAAGAUAUAGACCAUUUCGCUAGUAUCCAAGCCUGCAUAUGGAUAUUUCAUAAGUUAAAACGAAAACUCAGUUUGAAAUAUUUUUCUAGCCUGCGAACUUAAUAAGUAAUAAUAACUAAUGCGGAUAACACCAGGUUCAACGACCGUCACAGCUUAGCCUUAUCUAAGUCUAUGUAUGUUUCUAAAUGGGUGAAAUGUUAGAAUAUUGAGACUGUUUUCAGUUCAUGUAUCUCCAAGGAGUUUUCUUCGGCAAUAUCCAUCUGAGGCCCUGUCGCCACCUCUUAGGAGUGAGUUGUGAUAGCGAAACAGCGCUCUAUACGGUGUAUCAGUGUGUCUCUCUUCCACAACUGCUUAUUUUACUUUAGGCUACUAAUGUGGCGGUUUUGAAUGCUUACUUGCAAAUAGUAAACAUUUCUGAGUUGUACAGAAAACAUACAUAGACUUUUUUACAUAAUAAUUACAUUAAUUAACUGUAAAAUUAUAUAUUUAACGUGCGUGGAAGUGAAUUGGGUCCAAAGUUAUUUUUGUACCGAUAACCUGUUUUAUCUUUAAUUGACUAUUUUUUUUUUACAUAGAAAGAAGGAUUUCAUGUAUUAUUUCUUUUCGCACAAAUUAUACGAGAUUUUCUAAUGUUGGCACUGCGACAUGUUUGAAAUGUUAAAUUGAUGAUUGUGUGUUAGUAGAUUAUUGUAAUUUGUUUUAAUGGAAUAUUUGUUAUAAUAUAUCAUGCUGGUCAUUCACCGCGUUAAUUGCCUUCUUAAUAUUGUUGUUGAUAAUUGUGAAGGUAGACGAGCGUAAUUUUUUGUGUCGCGAGUCCUUUUAGUUCUGCUACAUUCAGUUACUAAGAUUCUUGUCGGCUGACAACUCAUUUUGUGUCGCCGUGUUUACUAAACAUUAGUAGGUAGACGAAACUGAGCAGAGCAGAGAGAAGCAGAGAUUAUAUGACUUAUAACUCAACAAAUUACACUCGUCUGUCUUCACCUUAUUAUGCCAUCACAAAUAUAGAUAAUAUAAUAUAUACUAUAUUAUACUAGUUACUGUUUUCGCCCUAUUUCUAAGUGUUGUCAAUUGUUAUCAUUGUCGCAGUGCCUCCCUUACACCGUUUAUUAUUAUUUUUGGAAACAAGAGGUGAAUCUGGUUUUGAGGUGUACUAGAUAAGUAAUUUUUACUUUAAUAAAUUAAACCGAUCUA